ACCGCGCGCACACACACGCACAAGAGGGUGCAGAACCAGAAGAGGGAGAAAACAAACAACUCCAUCCGCACAACUGCACUUUUAGAUCAUAAACCACCGGGAAUUACCAGGAGAGAGAGGAAAAGAUGGGCUAUGGAACUUGCUCCAGUUGACUAGGCAGAAGGCUAUCUGGGAGUCCUGACUGCGGUGCUGAAGUAUGGCUUUGUUGUUCUCUUGGAUGUGCAUCACUAUCUGUGUAGACAAGGCGCUGGGGAGCCAGACUGAUGAAGGGAAACUGUACUCUGAAAACAUCACCCGAAUUCUGGAUAAGUUGUUGGAUGGAUAUGACAACAGGCUCCGACCUGGAUUUGGAGGUGCUGUUACAGAAGUCAAAACGGAUAUCUAUGUGACCAGCUUCGGUCCUGUGUCAGACGUGGAGAUGGAAUACACAAUGGAUGUUUUCUUUCGGCAGACUUGGACUGAUGAGAGGUUGAAGUUUAGUGGGCCAACUGAAAUUCUUAGAUUGAACAAUUUAAUGGUCAGUAAGAUCUGGACACCAGACACCUUUUUUAGAAAUGGAAAAAAGUCAAUUGCUCAUAAUAUGACAACUCCUAACAAACUUUUCAGAAUUAUGCAGAAUGGAACUAUUCUCUAUACGAUGAGACUGACCAUUAAUGCUGAUUGUCCCAUGCGGCUGGUAAACUUCCCUAUGGAUGGGCAUGCUUGUCCAUUGAAGUUUGGGAGCUAUGCCUAUCCAAAAAGUGAAAUCAUUUACACAUGGAAAAAGGGACCUCUGUAUUCAGUAGAAGUACCACAAGAGUCUUCCAGUCUCCUCCAGUAUGAUCUUAUAGGACAAACAGUGUCUAGUGAAACAAUUAAAUCUAAUACAGGUGAAUACGUAAUAAUGACAGUUUAUUUCCACUUGCAAAGGAAGAUGGGCUACUUCAUGAUACAGAUUUAUACUCCCUGCAUUAUGACAGUCAUUCUUUCUCAGGUGUCUUUCUGGAUUAAUAAGGAAUCUGUUCCAGCUAGAACAGUUUUUGGGAUUACUACAGUUCUAACAAUGACCACUUUAAGCAUCAGUGCACGCCACUCUUUGCCCAAGGUGUCUUAUGCUACUGCCAUGGAUUGGUUCAUAGCUGUGUGCUUUGCCUUUGUCUUCUCUGCACUUAUCGAGUUUGCAGCUGUCAACUACUUUACCAAUCUUCAGACUCAGAGAGCAAUGAGGAAGGCAGCCCGGGCAGCAGCACUAGCAGCAGCACUAUCAGCAGCAACUGUACCGGCAGAGGACGAGAUUGUCUCGCAUUCUGAUUCCAAUUGUAACCUGAAGAAGCGAAUGAACUCCACAACCUCUCAGACGGACCAGUCCCCUGAAGCCAGCAUAAUGUCCAAUAGUGCAUCUCAAGGUCAACCGACAUCUAUUUCCCUGCCAGCCCCACCACUGCCACCACCACCACCACCAGCAAUUGGAGGCACUAGUAAAAUAGACCAGUAUUCCCGGAUCCUCUUUCCAGUGGCAUUUGCAGGAUUCAACCUGGUAUAUUGGGUUGUUUACCUUUCAAAAGACACUAUGGAAUUUUUUGAACCCACUGCAAUGCAUCUUCGGAAUGACUAUCAGCCCAACUGAUGUAUGCAACACAGGUUUGACAAAUCACUGACCGUCUUGUGGAGCUCAGUGACUUCAAAGGAUGAGUGUCUGUCUCUCUGCCUGCCCUAAAUGUAAAAUAUAACAUAUUUAUGUGGGACACCAUCUGGAAAUUUAGACUCUUGGCCACUUGAAGGGACAGUCUCUGUGCAAAGUUCUAAGGUGUUGAUUCAGAGUGCAAGCUCAAGUUCUUAUUUUGUUAAAUGGUUUAGGACUGAGAAUUAUACUUGUUCUAAUUCUAUUAUGAAUGUUUGAAGGUAAAUCUUGAAUCAAAAUUGAGAUUCCUUGUAACAUCUCCCUUAAGUACUUUUAAGGGUACUAAUGAAAACCUGAUUCUGAGCUAGCGUGAGUAGGCUCAGCUCCAUUGCAGUCAAUAGGGCUGUUGUCAAUUUACACCUAAUAUUUGUUGAGAUGUCCUGUCAAAGAGGGUUGAACCCUAUCAAUUUUUCAUGCUGAAUGCUGUAUAUUUGUUUGUAUCCUUGUUUUUAUCAUCUUGUUUAAAUGUAAAAUUUAAAUGAAGAUUCAUACACUAUAUAAAAAUAUAUGCCAAGGGGAAUGGAACAGGACUUGUAAAUCACUGCUUAUUAAUCUGAGCUGGUAAAUUAAGCUAUUGCACUUUAUCUUGCCUAUACACAGAUAAAGUACUACCAGCAAGUUUGGUGUCACUUUCAUCACCAUUAGAUUUGAAGGUACACCUCUACCCUGAUAUAAUGCGACCUGAUAUAACACAAAUUCGAAUAUAACGAAGUAAAGCAGCGCUCCGGUGGGGGAGGGUGUGUGUGCACUCCGGUGGAUCAAAGCAAGUUCAAUAUAACGCGGUUUCACCUAUAAUGCGGUAAGAUUUUUUGGCUCCCGAGGACAGCGUUAUAUCGGGGUAGAGGUGUAUUUACAAUUUGAUUCACACUCUUGUAACAAAGAAAGGUCUAGUCUUUGUUGUAGUAUUUAUGUUACAUAUUUCUUUGCUUUCUAACAUUUUAUUAUAUACCCACCCUUCAUCUCCAUUACCCUUGUUUAAGAAUGUAAUUGGAGAGAACUUACCCAAUGAAAUAAAACCUGAGCCUUCUUUCUAGCAAGCCCAGUGGAUAUUGGUAGGCAUUGAGAACAACAUGCAGUAGAAAUAAACUAAGAACUCCUACAUUUAUAUUAAAUUGUUGUUAAGCUAAAUGGAAUUAAAAUUAAUGGGAUGAUUAGGUGCUGCAGUGGUUCACAGAUCUAAGCAUUGCAAAGGAUUUCUUGUUUCAUCUAAACCAAACCUCUUUAGCACUCGGAGUUAAUAUUCAGGGACUAGAUUCGCAACUCUUGUAAGUUCUCAGUGCUUCACUGAAGUCACUUGAGCUAUGCCAAUUUACACCAUCUUAGGAUCUGGCUUUCGUUGUCUACUUUCCCCCUAUUUUAAAUUUAAUAUGUAUGUAGCUUCUCCUGGUCUGGCAACCAGACAGAACACACUAGGUCAGAUCCUCAGUUCAAUUUCAGUCUCCCUGCUCUCCACCUGCAUGUACUUUAUGUGGGUGGAGUAAGUUUCAUGCUCACUACACUUGGGCUAAUAUAAUAAUUGCAGCCUACACACAGAGAUGUCAUUAUAUGCAGUUUAUUUUAUUCCAGAGGCAACAGACUGGCAUGUUUGAAUGUACUUGUAAGUGUACUGAAUUAUUUCCCAUUUGCUCUGAAACCAGAAUUGUGAAAGCUUUCCCCAUUUUUAGUCUCCGUACAAUAUCUUUAUUAAACACGGACCCCUCCCCCCAACUUUGUAUUUUAUAAUUUGUAAAUAUAUUUUACUUGACAAAGAACAAACUAAACUCUGGGGGCCCAAAGGUUAUUUGUAUUUUAAAAUGGAUAUUUGGCUAGUGUAAAUAUAUUCAUUUUUGCUUUACAAACACAUGUAAUACACACACACACACACACACUGUGAAUAAUCUACAACAGUUUUCAAAAUAAUUUUGGACAGCUUUGUUUAUAAAAUAUAAAUGUAUAAAGGUGAAGGGAA